AUGACUCUGAAUCCACUGGCUCACGGUCAGCAGCAGUUUAGUUCGUACGUAUGGAACAUGAUAAUGCAUGAGCAUCUGCUGCAGGGCAUUCCCAAUCCUUUGUUUACCCUUGGCGGGUGGAAAGGUGUAGUCAACUACCUGAGUGCUAAGCUGCCGGGGGCGAACCUACACUUCAGUGCUCGACGAGGCUUUUUCCAAUACCCGCUGCCGCCAGCCAUCGGAGACAGUUACGUGUUCAGCUACGAGCGAUAUAUAAGGAAAAGAGAGGUCAGCUACGCCUCCAAAAGCAAGGUAGGGCGAAACCUACGACCGCCGGGCUGGAACAGGGUUGUAUUACCAGCUUUCGAGAAGGAUCUAUACCGGGAACACAUUGUAACGGCUCUGCGAUCGGCAAUCGAAGUGGAAGGCUUCAGAAAAGACAACGAGAUCACGGUCGCUGGACGUGCCGUGCCCAAGCCCAUCUUGAGCAUCGACGAAGCUGACUUUCCCGACUGCGUAAGGAAGAUCCUUCGGGCCCAGGGCCUUGGCUCAUCGCCGACCAGUGUGCAAGCCCAGUGCUGGCCCGUGGUUCUCAGUGGCAGAGACCUUCUGGCCGUCAUUGCGACCACUUCUGAAAGCAAGUUCUUGGUCUACGUCAUCCCGGCGAUACUUCACGUCCUGAACCAAGAUCCGAAGCCGCACGGAGACGGACCCAUAGUGUUGGUCUUAACCUCGACUCGUGAGCUGGCCCGGCAGGUGCAGCACGCGUUCUUCCUGUUCGACAAGGAUUCGGGCGUUCGAACUGCGUGCCUUGUUCAGGGUGAGCCAAAGGAAACGCAGCUGAAGCAGCUCGACGAAGGCUGCGAGGUGUGGGUCGCGACUCCAGGUCGCCUCGUUGCCCUCAUGGAGGAAUGCAAGGUGAACAUUCGCCGCUGCACGUUUCUGGUGUUGCACGAAGCGGACCGCAUGUUGGCGAUGGGCUUAGAGAAGCAGCUUCGCCUCAUUGUGGCAAACGUGCGAUCCGACCGCCAGACGCUAACGUGGCUUACGUCGAGCAAGAGGGAGGCGUGCCAGCUGGCCGACGAGUUCAUGGAAGACUACGUGACCAUCAGCGUGGGCGAAACGAGCCAGCAAACCCAGAACCGACGUACAGAACACAUCGUGUACGUUUGCGACGAGGGAGAUAAGAAAGACAGGCUCAUCGCCCUCUUCGAAGACAUCCUCGACGAUAAGCGGGACAAGGCCGUCGUAUUCGUCAAGACUAAAGGAGACGUGGACGACCUCGUGACGAGCUUGCGGCUCCGGGACUGGCCCGCCGUGGGCAUCCACAGCAAGAAAACCGAGGAGGAGCGCGAGUGGGCGUUGAACGGAAUACGUUUCGGCAGAAUGCUCGUUCUGGUGGCGACCGACAUGGCGGCGCGUGACCUGGACGCCGUAGACGUCCGCUUCGUGGUGAACUACGACUACCCGCGCAGUUCUGACGAUUACGCUCUCCGUGUUAAGCCCGCAGUUCGAGACGACGGUAAAGGAAGGGCGUACACUUUUCUGACACCCACUCAAAGCCGCAGCGCGAAGGAGUUGAUCUGUAUUCUCCGAGACGCCGGGCAAGCGGUUCCACAAGAGGUGUUGAAGGUUGCUAAGAAGGUUGCACGACUUUGAACUGGGAACUGUGGCAACGCCAAUAAUGCGGAAGUCUCACAAUGAACGUUCCACGUUCCUAAAUUACGAUGCGCAACCGUCUAUCAUUAAAAAUUCUGUCUGUACACUUGGCAGCG